GUCUACUCUCGGACCGGUCCCACCAUGGCACCCGCAUCAGACCCCUGCUCUUUCGCCUCCUUCACCAAAUGCGCCACCAAACAUCUGAACCUCACAUACCACGUGGAUUUUGACAGCCACGUUCUCAAAGGGAAAGCCGCUCUCACCAUCGAGGUCCUGGAAGACAAAUUCUCGUCUCUGACUCUUGACUCGCGUGACUUGAAGAUCUCCGCGGUGACAGCCAAUGGGCAGCCGGCCAAGUUCACCCUGGGGCCACAGCACAGCUUCAAGGGGGCCCCCCUCGAAAUCACCCUGCCCUUCGAGCUCUCCAGGGGUCAGCAUGUGAUAGUGGAGGUGUCGUAUGAGACGUCUCCUAAAGCCUCCGCUCUCCAGUGGCUCACCCCAACGCAGACCGCCGGCAAGAAGCACCCAUACCUCUUCAGCCAGUGCCAGGCUACUCAUUGCAGAAGCAUGGUGCCCUGCCAGGAUACACCAUCAGUCAAGCACACCUACUACGCCCAGGUCUCUGUGCCUAAGGAGUUGGUGUGUGUGAUGAGCGCGGUGCGCGAUGGACAAGCGGCUGAUCCCCAAGACAACAGCAGAAUCAUCUACCGCUUCAGACAACCGGUCCCCAUGCCCUCCUAUCUCAUUGCCAUCGUGGUCGGAGCGCUGGAGAGCAGGGAGAUCGGUCCUCGUACCAGAGUGUGGUCUGAGAAGGAGUACGUGGACAAGGCAGCCUUCGAAUUCUCUGAGACUGAGUCCAUGUUGAAGACGGCUGAGUCCCUGGCGGGUCCGUAUGUGUGGGGUCAGUACGACAUCCUGGUGUUGCCCCCCUCCUUCCCAUACGGAGGCAUGGAGAACCCCUGCCUCACCUUCGCAACCCCCACUCUACUGGCUGGGGACAAGUCUCUUUCUAACGUGAUUGCUCAUGAGAUCUCCCACAGCUGGACCGGUAACCUGGUGACCAACAAGACCUGGGAGCACUUCUGGUUGAAUGAGGGCCAUACUGUGUAUCUGGAGCGUAUGAUUGGCAGAGCUCUGGAGAGCGAGCAGUUCAGACAGUUCAAAGCCAUGGGGGGCUGGAAGGACCUGCAGGACUCAGUGAAUACGUUUGGUGCCAACAGUCCGCUGACCAAUCUGGUUCCGGACCUGAACGAGGUGGACCCUGACGUGGCCUUCUCCUCUGUCCCCUACGAGAAGGGAUUCGCCCUGCUGUACCAUCUGGAGGAACUCAUGGGCGGACCAGAGGUGUUCAUGGGCUUUGUGAAGUCCUACAUCCAGCUGUUUGCCUACAGCAGUGUCACCAGUGAGGAGUGGAAGACCUACCUCUUCACGUACUUCAAGGACAAGGUGGACAUUCUGAAUAAAGUGGAUUGGAACGCCUGGAUGCACACGCCUGGAAUGCCCCCCGUCAAACCCCAGUACGAUACCACCAUGGCUGAUGCCUGUAUCGCCCUCUGCCAGAAAUGGGUCAAGGCUAAGGAGAGUGAGCUGUCUGGCUUCACUGGUGCCGACCUGAAGGCUCUGACGUCACACCAGGUCAUCGAGUUCCUCUCACUGCUGCUGCAAGAGGAGGCUCUUCCUCUGGCCCAUGUGAAGAGGAUGCAGGAGGUGUAUGACCUCAACGCUGUCAAGAACUCCGAAAUACGCUUCAGAUGGUUGCGUCUGUGUGUGAAGUCUCAUUGGGACGAAGCGGUUGCCAUGGCGCUACAGAUGGCUACCGAACAGGGAAGGAUGAAGUUCACCAGACCCCUAUACAGGGAGGUGUACGCGUGGGAGAAGCAUCGUGAGGAGGCUGUGAAGACCUUCCUGGCCAAUCGGGAUGCAAUGCACUUCGUCACCGCCAUGCUGGUGGCCAAGGACCUCAAGGUGGACGAGACGCAGAGCACCGGCCUCUAGAUAUAUCACACACACACACACACACACACACACACACACACACACACACACACACACACACACACACACACACACACACACACACACACACACACACACACACACACACACACACGCCGCAUUCACACCAGGUCCACCUUAAAUCAAGCCCCCUAUUGCUAUUUAUAUAUAUUGACCAAGAUACACCUUAAAACAAGUCCUUGCGUCUUUAACGUAAGGUGGACCAGACACAGAACACUUGGGAUGUUGGACUUGGAUCCGAGGCGAGCCAC